AUGACUUCACAAGGCGAUUUUGAUUCAUCGCCAGCCCCAAACAAAUCCAAUGCAAGCGUACAAAAUGACACGCUUUCAUCCUCCUCCUAUCACAUCAAAGUAUUCACGCGACGUGAUCUGCUCUCCCAGCCUUUUCUACCGGACCUUCGGACAGUCAUCAACGCCAGUUACCGUGGCCAUGAUAUAGACCCCAUAGGCAAAGUCGGCGAUCGAGUUCAACACGACAACCAAGUUGCCGACGAAAUCGGUACCAAUGGCUUCACAGCUGUUGCAUUUGAUUUGAAUGAAAUUGUCGGCACUGCAAGUGUCAAGGAUUGGGUGUCUGAUGCUGAUGGUCUCGUUUGGAAACCAGACGGCUACUUUGCUACAAAGAGCAUUGACGAGGCUUGUUCUAUGCAAAAUAUCGGAUCUAAUACCAUUGAUACUAUCUCAGAUCCUGCCAGUUGUGAUGGGGAUUUUGAAAUCUUCAUGGUUGCUGUGAAGCCGGGCGAUAAAUAUAGGAAAAAGGGGAUCGCAGAGAGACUUGUGAAGGCGUGUGAGCAGGAACUUCAGAAAAGGUUUACGCCAAAUCUUGCGCAGCUUGCCGAAACAUCUUAUUUCCGAAUCAUGAUCAAGGUUGUCAGGGAGAUUAAUGGAGAAUAUUGGUUGAAGAAAGGGUUUCAAAUCAAGGGUGAAUGUUGCUGCCCUGCUUUUACGUGGGACCUGGAAAAGCCUUUCAUUCUUUGGGCUAUGAAGAAACACUUGUUUAUCGAUAGAGCAGCACAAUAA